AAUCGCGGUGUUGAAGUCGUGUCGUUCUUAGAUCGUCGUUGGAGCCUUUCAGAGUCGCCAUUAUUGGAGCCGUUGUUACUGGAGUCAGAAUGGAGUCGCGUUACUAGAGUCAUUGUUAGUAAAAUUAAGUCGCGUUUACUGUUUUUGGCUGUACUAGUCAUUGUUUAUGGAACCGUCGGUUCUGGUAUUUCGCUUGUUGAUCCUUGUUGGUCUGAUUUGUCGAUUUGUGGUAUUGGUAUCCGCGGCAUCUUCUUAGGUAUCAUUGCUAAAGUUUCGGUGUUUGGCCUUGUUAGUCUUCAUUGGUGUGUAUUCGUUACUUCAGUAUUGUUUUUGAGCUAUAGUUUUUGGUAUUUCGUUACACCGUUGUCAAUGUCGCUAUUGUUAUUAGUAAGCCAUGGUUAA